AGAUGCUGCCAAAUGCUGAACAGGUCUGGACAAUGAGGCAAUUCCUGUCCUGCUCGGAGACUUGGCACCUCUGGGUCAACGUGGAGAUGUCAUUCAUAUAGCUGUGGAAGGCUUUAUCAGCUCUUGAGGAAACUUUCCCCUGCACACACACUCGCACCAGUCAAGGCUGGAGCUGUAGUGGAGGAAUAUGGAGCUUGUAGAUCUCCUGGCAUUUGCCUCCACAGAAAUGAAUAGUGCAACGGUCACCCUGGCUUUGAUGGCCGUCUUCCUCGUUCUGCUGUAUUGGUACUCCACCUCUGCAUUCUCCAAACUAAGCAAUGUAGGGAUCCGGCAUCCUCCACCUCUUCCUUUCAUUGGAAACCUGCUCUUUUUCCGCGAGGGCUUUUGGGGAAACCACACAAAACUCAUAACGGAGUACGGACCUGUUUGUGGGUACUACAUUGGUCGCCAGAUGUUUGUGGUGGUCUCCACACCAGAGAUGAUCAAGCAAAUCUUAGUGACAGACUUCAGUAACUUCACCAACAGAACUAAGCCGAGCUUGAUUUCCAAGCCAAUGCUUGACAGCAUCCUUUGUCUUCGUGAUGACAGAUGGAAGUAUGUCCGGAGCCUCCUGACCCCAGCCUUCAGCGAUACCAAACUGAAAGAGAUGAUACCGCUAAUAAACCAGGCCUGUGACAUCCUGCUGUGUAACUUGAAAGUCUAUGCAGAUUCUGGCAAAGCUUUUGAUAUCCAGAGGUGUUACAACUGCUUUACCUUGGAUGUCGUUGGUAGUGUAGCUUUUGGUACUGAGGUGGAUUCUCAGAAGGAUCCUGACGACCCCUUUGUUAAGAAUUGCAGAACAUUCUUUGAAAUGUCUUUGUUUAAGCCUCUCCUCAUUCUAAUCCUUUCUUUCCCAUUCAUAAUGAUCCCAUUGCUCCGGAUUUUGCCAAACAAGAAACAAAAGGAACUGAAUGGAUUUUUUAUCCAAUCCAUAAAAAAUGCAAUUGUCUUCAGAGACCAGCAAGAUGCAGCUGAGAGGCGCAGAGAUUUUCUGCAGUGGAUGCUCGACGCUCGCGACUCAGCUGACUCCCUGGCAGCUGGGUGUUUUGAUGUGAUCGGUCCAUCUGCCGCUUCCAGACAGAACGAAGUGCCUCUUGCUGCCAGGGCCCCAUCUGAAAAGGUUCAGAAGACGUUAACAGAGGAUGAGAUAGCAGGCCAAGCUUUCCUGUUCCUGAUCGCUGGGUACGAGACCACCACUAGCACACUGUCCUUUGCCACAUACUUGCUAGCCACCAACCCAGAGUGCCAGAAGAAGGUGCUUCAGGAGGUUGAUGAGUUCUCAGCAAAACAUAUGGUCCCUGAUUACCAAAAUGUACAAGAACUCCCUUAUCUGGACAUGGUGAUUGCAGAGACAUUGCGCAUGUACCCACCUGCAUUCAGGUUCACUCGGGAAGCAGCUAAAGACUGUGUAGUGCUGGGGCAGCGUAUUCCAGCUGGGGCUGUCAUUGAAACCGCAGUUGGAUAUCUCCACCACAACCCUGAGUUCUGGCCAGAGCCUGAGAAGUUCAUUCCUGAGAGGUUUACAGAGGAGGCCAAGAAGGAACGACAUCCCUUUGCAUACCUGCCCUUUGGGGCAGGACCCCGUGGCUGCAUUGGCAUGAAGAUGGGUUUGCUGGAGACAAAAAUGACUCUGCUGAGGAUUUUGCAGAAGUUUCAAUUUAAGACCUGCUCAGAGACUGAGAUUCCUUUGCAGCUGAAAUCAAAAGCCACACUUGGACCAAAAAAUGGAGUCUACAUUAUGCUGGAAUCUCGCUAAAAGAAAAUGUACUUCCUGAAACCUCCUGGGAUGGCAGCCCUUGUUCAGUGACUCAAUGGGUAUAAUUGUUUUUCAAAACCCCAAAGACAGGUAGGAGCCUAAGUUCCACCGAUGGUCAGCAGGUGCUGCCUCACUGCCCUCCUGUGGGAGAUCCUCCAGUCACUGCUUAAAAUGAGAUGUGGGCGCCACAGCCAUUUGGUGGUUUUCAAAUUGCUGUGAAUAGUAUCUGCAAAGAAGCAGCCCACUUUCACUUGCUUUUCUACAUUACACUUCCUUUCACUCAUCUUUGAGAAUGCUUUUUUCAUGCUCAAGUUCAAUGAAUGGAGCAGGUGUUAAGCGUACACUAGAUUUACAAUAGAUUUUAAUUACCAUUCAUUAUCUCACACAUCCUUCUCAUGCACUUCUAAGUCCCUACUCUAGAAAAAGCCCAAGAGGCACCACAGUUAUAGCAGAAGACCUGGGAUCCAGUACGUUGGAUUUUAUCCUGAACUCUGCUAAAAAUCAAAGCGGAGUCUCCUGUACAAUGCUUAAUCUCUCCCUGUGUCUGUAAAGUGGAAGGAGUUGCACCUUCUUUGUGCUUUUGAAGUGAUUUGAAAUAUGCUUAGAUUAACAAUUUGCACUUGGCACAUUGCAUCGACAUAAUUGGAGAGGAAUGAAGAGUUCCCCUGUUUAGCAGUUAAGUUCCAGUAGCUAAGACCAAAGAAAUGAGGUGGCAGCCAUUUUGCUGGUUACUGAACUGCUGUUGGAAAGGUGGAGAAAAGAAGAUACAAAUUUAAUGAAAGCAGGAAGACUGGAGGAAAUUUAAGGGUAUUCAGAAGGUGUUGGUACAACAUCUGCUUCACUGCUUUGAGGCCUUUCCUUUCCAAGCAUUGCAGUUGGCACCAUCCUUGUCUAGCUCAUUGACUCAAGGACAUUAAGAGCGCUGCAUGCACUGAAGCCAAUGGCAAGGGAGUGGGAUCCAGGAUCAUCAGUCCCAGCAGCUCUUGAUUCCUUAUGUGACCCCGGAGCAGGUCAUGUCCCAAAUGUCUCACUCCGGUCAGGAAGGAACUUGUCUGAUUGCCAGCUGCAGCAGCACCAUAGAUCCAUUCAAGCUGUAUGGCUGUGCACAUGCAUCUACACAGCCAAAGCAGCAGUAUGCUUUCACGCUUUGCAUUCCCUCCAUGCUCUUUCCUACUCCUCUACAAAGCCCUUCAAUCACCACACAGCUAGCGGAGCAUCACACAGCAGUGAUCGAUUGUCCUGAAAAAAAGACAUUUCCUUCACUGGGCACCACAAACUGGUUGGCUGUACAACAAAACCAUGAGAGGAGAUGGUCUCAGUCUCAGGGUCCUUUGUUUUUCUUUUUUUUUUUUUUUAAGGUUUUUAUAAAUAGCAAAAAUUCUUAUGGCACCAUAAGAAUAAGGAAGCACCUUUCGGUUCUUCGCAAGUGUUGAAUUUCUGCUUGCUGGCAUACUCUGCUCGAGGUUUCCUUAGGAACAGCAUCUGUCUUGGUGGUAUGCACAGAGAAGUGUCAUGGCAGCAGUAGGAAGAGGCUGACUGCUCAGCUUCACUGCAAGGACUGCUGGAAGGAGCCAUCUGCUCACUGAUCCCUAGUUGUAGUUUCUCUCCAGCAAGCACCUUUUGCUGCCGUCUUCUCACAUGCUGCCUUAACACUGAUCAAAUUACUGUUUCUUGCUCCUGGAAGAUUUUGUCUUUUUCUUUCAUGGGAUAUAUUUUUUUUUUUAAACCAGAACUGUACAGGUAGUAGUGGUGAAGUACUGACCUGGCAGUCUUGGAAUUGUUCCUAUUUCCACGGAGCAUCUCUGGCAUGCUAAUAAAGUGCCCUGUUACAGAUACACUGGUUAUAUGAAUUACUGAUGGAGUGAUUGUUAUUUAUUUAAAAAGCAAUAUACUGUAUAUACCCUAAUUUCUACACAUUAUCCAUCAUUUUUCCCUCAUGAAAGUAGUGUGCUGGCAGCUGAUUUACUGUACAGCUUAUACAUACAACUGGCAACAAGUUGGAUGGGCCUUGCCUAGAAACAUCCCACCUACCUGAAUGAGCAGGAAGCUCAUUCCAGUCUGAAGUUAGCUGUCACAGGCUUGUUUGUCCCUUCAAAAAUAUCCUGUUAAUCACAGCGUGUUUGUGCACCCAUAUAACACAGUCCCAAACCGAUCCUGAGCAGAGUUGGCUUUAGUAUUCAUGAGAAAAAAACUACUAAAAAAGGAGUUAUGUUUAUAGUUGCAACAUCAAAACGUAACUUUAUAUCUUUAAAUUAUGGUGACUUAGCAUUUGUGGUACAGCACGCUUCAAUCAACAGCGGUUGAUUCUAGGGAAGAACAAGGAAACCUAUUUAAAAUAACUUCUCUCCUCAGAAAGAGUAAGUGUGUUGUCUUGCAUUGCUGAGCUGUGGGUUUGUUUCAAAUUGGGCCUGUCUGUUUUACAAAAGGGUCUUAGUCAUUCUCUGACAGCUGAUACAAAGCAAAGGAUGCUUGGUAAAGGAAAGCUUCUAUUAAAAACACCUUCUGGGACUUUGCAAUGAUUACGGAAAGCUGUCAGUAUAAAGUGGUAUUUUUAAUGAGUGCUGAGAUAGAAAACCUUUACAGUUCUGUACUUCAUAAAUAGUUUUCCUGGAAAAACAGAGCUGGGUGUUAAAAAUUAUUAUGCUUGAUUGAUUGUAAAUUUGAACCAUCUAUUCUUACCUGGCAUUAAACUGCAGAAUUUC